UAUAAUGGGCGACCGUAUGGCAACGGAAGUUCAAGCAACAACAGGUCAAACAGCAAAUGGAUACAAGGAUCAACAGCCAUACCCAAUUGAUGAUCCUUUGAACAAACUACCAAUCAUGAACAAUCAAUACCCUACUCCUCCUCCUCUUUACAACUACCGAGCACAGCCACAGCCACAGCUACAGAUACAGCCACAGCUUCAGCCACAGCCACAGCAACCUUAUAUAAAUGUAAAACAACAAACAAACUAUAUACCUGUAAAGCAACAACUACAUCAACAACAACAACAGCCACAACCUUAUGGAGCACCGUACUCAAACACAUCAGGUCUGGGGUAUCAACCGCAGCCCUUUGUAGGACAACAACAGCAUCAGCCUCAGCAGUAUCCUUACUUCAAUACCAGUAUGUUUGAUCAACAACAGCAACAACUAUUACAACAACAACAUCAGUCUCCAACAUCGAGAAGGGCGCAUCAAGCCUAUGGAAGUGGUGGUAAUGGUGGUAAUGUGGACUCUACAUCAUCACAGCCACAGCCACAGUCAUGA